CUUGCCAAGGACGGUGCUACCCUAGCCCCUUCCUUCCCCUGUCUCCCUCCCCAGAAUAUCUUGAGCAUCUCCAAUAACAACUACUACCCCGUCGCUGUGACCCAGCUGACCAUUGAGGUUCUGCACCUGUCCCUCGUGGUGGGGCAGGUCUCCAACCGCCUUCUCCUCCGCAUCGGCCCUUUGGCCAGUGAGCAGAUGUUGUAUACGGUGGCCAACAGGAUAUGGGACGAGAACACAUACAAGAUCUGUACCUGGCUGAAAAUCAAAGUCCACCACGUGCUUCUGCACAUCCAGGGCACCCUGACCUGUUCCUACCUGAGCCAUUCAGAGCAGCUGGUCUUCCAGAGCUACGAAUAUGUGGACUGCCGGGGAAACACGUCCAAGCCCCACUUGCUGGUGCCUCGCCCGCCGUGACCUGUCUGCUGUCGUCGAGCUCCGGGCACCUGCCGGCCUGGUCUGUAUCUCCCACCACUCCGUGGCACCCAACAGGACGAGAGUGACUUUGCCAGAGGAAAAGCCCUGCUUUAUCAUACCCUCCCCCUGUUCACCCCCAGCAGAGGAAGCUUUCUGUGGACGUUAACUUCAUACACACACACACACACACACAGCCUCACACCCUCUCUGAUUUCCACAGGAACGGAAGCCUGGUUCUUCUCGAGGCCAGCACCAGAUAUUCCCCUUGGUCCUGAGGAAAGUCUGACCUGACAUUUCCUCAGAGCUGCCUCAGAGGCAUGGAGGGGCCCCCACACUUUCUGUGCUGAGCACCUUGGUUGCCCAGCUCGUCCAGGGAAGACCUUCCUCCUGCCUGAAUGUGGAGAAAGCUUUCAUUUUGUCUGGCUUCUAAUACAUGGAUCCUUUCCAAGUUCUCCACCUGGUAAUGAGAAAGUGACGUGGGGGACAGCCAGUGUUGUCCCCAGGGCCUUUUAGGGAACCGUAGGUGCUCUCCUAGGCCGCCCUGCUUUGGUCGUGUGACAGAGUGAUGGUGAUGGCCUGCUUCUCGCCUGGUAACUUGUCCCCCCCGCCACCCACCCAUCUGACAGCAAGAUUGGCCA